UAUUUUCUCGAAAAUAGUUGUGUACAAGUAUUGACAAUUGUGGAAAGUGUGCAAUAACAAUAUUAAAACAUUUCUAGAUCGCAUUCCCAGUUCAGAUAUUAUUGUUCGUUGCUUGGUUCGCGCGCUGCACCUUGUUUUCUUCACUACUACCAUUUAGUUUUAUCUUCUCCCGCUGCACUUGUUUUCGUUUCACGCCGAGCAAGUGUUCGACGAAAUGCCUGAACCAUGUUUUCUCUCAACGCACCCUAUCUCUCGGUGUUUUUUCCCCAUUUAACCGUUUCUCUCUUUCCCCCUAUCUUUGUGUCUCUUCCUUCUUCCAGGAGGGUGCAACGGGAGCCCGGUUUGAUUAUUGGGCGAGGGGGUUUUUCCCUCAGGAAUGGAGAUUGUAAUGCUAAUAAGGGUUUGUGUUUGUCUUGCUCUCGGUUUUUGACGCGCUGUAAGGAUUGGGCUCGAGAUUUCUCGUCUUUGGAAGAUGAGAUUUUGGAGUUUAUGCAGAAAUCGAAGAACCCUGAUGCGUUUCCCACGAAGGAAGAACUGCUUAAAGCUGGGAGAGCAGAUUUGGCUGAAGCUAUUGUGAAAGAAGGUGGGUGGCUUUCUUAUGGGUGGGAUUUAAAUGAUGGGGUUGUUGAAAGGGUUGCUUUUGAAGAUGGGAGUGGCAGUGACAUUGAAGGGUAUGGAACAAGGGAAUCUGGGGUUGCUGCUUCUUCUAGUUCUUCUUUAGAUAACUCUUUUCAACCAGCUGAAUCAGUGGAAAUAGAAGUUGAGGAGUCUGGCAUUGAGGGUAUACUGAAUCGUCUGGAAAAACACAGAAAUAAUUCUUUUGGGCGUCGAUUCGGAGAGAAAGAAGAUGUCAUUUCAUCCAAUAAUAAUAAAGAUAAAGAGAAAUGGGAUCAUAGAACCACGAUAGAUGGAGCAGCUGACAACCUUGACAAUAGUAGUAGACCAUCCCCAUUAAACCCAACAACCAGUCCUUUAAGUGGUUCACCAAUCAAACUUGAUCAGCACAUAUCUCAAUUAGGUUCUGAUAAUGCAAGAAACUCAAUUAAGCAAGAGACAUGGAGAAGCUGGAUUGUUCAGAGGACUGGUUUUUCAGAUGCAGAUUUUGAAGAUGCUGAAAUUAUUCCUAGUGAUAUUCAGAAAGGAGGCGUGAGCAAUGUUUCAGGACUACCAGAAAUCGGCAAAAUACGAGAGUCUUCUCGCGAACCAAUAAACGGAGAAAGUGGAUCAGAUUCUCUUGACGUAAUUGGAAAUCCAAAUCACAAUGACAUUAAAUACCGAAUCAAGCUUCUGGAAUCAGAGCUAUCCUCAGUACUUCACUCAUUGAAGUCAAACUCCAAUGAAGUUACAAUGCUGACAGACCAGAAGAACUCUUCUGAUAAUCUCGAAAAGCUUUCCGAUGCUUGGGAAUUCCAGGAAACUGAAAUCAUGAAUUCUCAAGCCAGACUGCGUUCGUUACGUGCUAAGUUGGCAGUGUUAGAAGGAAAGAUGGCAUUGGCAAUAAUGGAUGCACAAAAGGCUCUGGAUGAGAAGCAGAAUAAAAUUGAUUAUGUCCAUAAAGCUUUGAGACGUCUGAAGAGUACUUGUGUAGUAUGGCCUAAUAAUGCUUCAGAAGUAUUUUUAGUAGGAUCAUUUGAUGGUUGGUCUUCCCAGAGAAAGAUGGAGAAAUCAACUAACGGUAUAUUUUCCGUGGUUUUACAUAUGUAUCCUGGACAAUACGAGAUAAAGUUCAUAGUUGACGGUGAAUGGAAAAUUGACCCGUUGCGCCCGGUGGUUAACAAUAAUGGAUAUGUGAAUAAUCUUCUUGUUGUUCAUGAUUGAUGUAACAAAAAUUGAGAGGAUGAGAAAAUAUAAGUAGAGCACAGAAGAGGAUGAAAGCAUUAGGUUAGCCACCCAAUUUUUUUAGCCAUUUUUUCACUCUUGUACAAAGUAUAGAGUGAGUAGUUUAUUGAUUCUUUUAUUUAGUCCCUGUAACUCUUCUAGAUGUAGAUAACUUGAAUGGUUUCAAUCUAAUCUUAUUUAACCAUUUUAACACGUUCUUAUAAUUGUGCAA